UAUCCUGUCCAUUGCUACCCCAUAAACUAGAAUAUGAAAUUUGUCUUAGUUUUCUGCUUCUAUCUCUUGCCUCUUCCUUCUUCUUUUUUUUCCCUUUAAAAAGCAUGACAAAACAGCAGAUUGACAAAUAACUUCAAGUGUUCAACUUCAAACAUCCAUGGUCUGCCUGCCACCACCAAUGUCGGUCACUCUCCUUGACAACACCCAUGGCGCAUCAACUCCCCUUCCCGACUUAUUCAAAUGACAAGAGAAAGGAGAUUCACCCCUUCGUCUUCUUGAACUGAUGUUGUUGCGAUAGCUGCUGCUGCAACUCGUGAUGCUAAGGUUACUCUCACUGACCUCCCUCAUGUGCUGCCUAAUAUACUAUUCAAUGUUGAUGCAAACUCACAAGAGCCACUGUUGUCAACCAAUGUUUGAUGUUAGCGGGAUGCCAUGUAUGAAUCUUAUUGUCAUGUUUAAUAGUGAGUUUGGCUAAAAAAAGAAGGAAGCGCUCUUUGCUUUUACAUGGAAAUACGAUCAACAAAGAAAACUAUGUCUGCAUAUAAAGCAUUGCAUACAAAGACACUCUGCAUAAAUAAGUUAUAAUCCAUCUCCAACAACAAAAUUCAAUCAGUGAGGGAAUAAGGCAGUUGGCAAACCAGUGACGAAUCCACCAAUUGAAUCUCCAAAUCCUCGAGGAGGCAAUGAAACAGUAACCCUAACAAUUGAGGAGGAAAAAAUUCAAAGUUUGAAAGCCGUAAAACAAUGGAACGAGAUCAUGCAAGGUUCCAGCAGCGAAGGAAGGAAUGAAUCAACAAGCAAAGGUAGGAAAUCAUGGGCAGACCAGGUGGAAGAGGAGGAAUCGAUUGAGAAGAAAACCUCGGUAUGGGACAAUUUUGAUAUUACUAAAAUCUCAAAUGCUGGAUUCAAAUUAGAAUAUGUAUCUUCAAUUGUACAAGGAGAUUCGAACAUAGUUGAAUUAGAAUUGGAGGAUAUUGAAUCGGAAGUUGAAUACUGGAAAAAUGUUGUUGUCUGCUAUAUCCUAGGUGCUUAUCCACCUUUUGCUAUUAUUAAGGGGUAUGUUCAGAGGUUAUGGGGUAAAUAUGGCUUGAACAAGAUUGUAAUGUUGAAGAAUGGGAUUGUGCUGGUUAGAUUUGACACUGAACUAGGCAAGAAUGAUGUUGUGCAAGGUAGUAUUUACCACUUUGAUAAUAAGCCUUUCAUUGUGAAAGCUUGAAACUCUGACAUGGAGUUCACAAAGGAGGAACUGUAUACAGUUUCAAUUUGGAUAAAAUUACCAGGAUUGGACUUCAAGUAUUGGAACCAAAAAGGAUUGAGUAAAAUAGGAAGCUUGGUAGGGAAGCCUUUAAUGGUGGACCAAAAUACUGAGAGGAAGAUAAGGUUGAACUUUGCUAGGCUAUUGGUGGAAGUGGAUAUGGAUGCAAAACUGCCAGAUACCAUCCUUUUUAGAAGUGAAAAGGGACAUGUGGUAGAGCAAAAGGUCACCUACGAUUGGAAGCCAACUUUAUGCCAAUAUUGUAGGAAACAUGGCCAUUCAGAGGAAAUCUGUAGGAAAAAGAAUCCUCCUCCAAAACCAAUACAGAAGGAAACUGAGAAGCGGGGACCUAAGGAGCCUAAAAUACCAGCUGUGAAAACUGGUGCAACAGAAGAGCCAACUAGUCAAAUAAGCAAGCAAACACAAGGGAAGUCGAGUAAUGUAUUGCAAGAGGUCAGUACAAAUUUAGGGUGGACGACUACUGGAAGAAUUGGUAAAGGUCAACAAAAUAAGGGGCAGGCUAUUGAGAGUAGUAAUUCAUUUCAGGUAUUAAACAAGCUAGAUACUAUGAAGAUUAAUAUAGCUGAAGAUAAAGAGAAUGUGAGAAGUCAGAUCAUCCCUCGUGCUGGGGAUGGUUAACUGCCUAUCAUGGAAUGUAAGGGGGCUAAAUGCCCCAAAUAAGUAGAGGGAGGUGCAACUCCUCUGCCAUGAAGAAAAAUCUGGAAUAAUUGGACUAUUGAAAACAAAAAUAAAGAAAGAGAAGGUGGAGCAGAUUAUAGGGAAGAUGUUUAAUGGUUGGCCAUAUGUCACCAACCUCAAUUCACACUACAAUGAUAGAAUUUUGGUAGCAUUGAGACCUGACUACUAUAGAGUCACCCCAAUACUUAUUACUGCCCAAGUUGUAUCAUGUGAUGUAUUCUAUGUUCCUUUGCAAAUGGAAUUUGGAAUCUCAUUUAUGUAUGAUUUUAAUACAAAAGAUGAAAGGAAAGGGUUAUGGGAGUGUUUAGUAAACCAACUUUCGGCUGUACAAAGCCAUGGAUGGUUGUAGGGGACUUUACCGCUUGCUGCUCCACAAUGCUCUCUCCAAAACAAAACUCAAGUGAGUGAAAAAAGCCAGCAUUCCCUUUCUUCUUUCCCUUAUCGCUAGGGGCCUUGCUCUGUACUAAACAUGAAAGAUAGAAUUGGUGGAAAUCCUAUUACAUGGGCAGAGAUGGUGGAUUUUUAUAAUUGUAUUGAAGCUUGUGGACUUUUUGAACUUCCUCAUCAAGGAAAUAAGUAUUCCUGGAAUGACAGACAUGAUGAUGAGAGAAUUUAUUCAAAAAUUGACUAGGCAUUCAUAAAUGGGGAGUGGCUAGAUUCAAUACCAAAUUGUUGUGCCAAAUAUUUGCCUGAAGAAAUAAGUGACCAUUGCCCUAUCAAAAUCAUAUCACAUGACGACCAAUCUAGGAGGAAAUGAUCCUUCAAAUAUUAUAAUGUGUGGGCUGAACACCCUCAGUUCCUAGAUAUAGUAAGGGAAGAUGGAAUGUGCAAGUGGAAGGCUGUAAAAUGCUACAAGUGGUUAGGAAGUUGAAGCUCUUAAAAAAGGGGCUAAAAAAGUUGAAUGCUCAAUAUUUCAGACACAUUGAGAUAGAAGCUAAGCAGGAUAGAGAGUCACUCAUUCAAGCACAAAAGCAGCUGCAGCUAAAUCCUGGGGAUCAAGGUCUCCAACAGGAUAAAUUUCAGAAGUACCAAAAGUUCAGGAGAUCCUCAUACCUAACAGAGGUAUAUUUACAGCAGAAGAGCAAAGCAAAUUGGAUAAAACUGAGAGAUGAUAAUACUGGCUAUUUUCAUUCAGUGAUAAAGCACAUGAACUUCAGAUCAAAUGUGACUCAAUUGAAAGAUGUAUAGGGCAAUUGGUAAUCCAAUCCAGACACAAUUGCUCAAAUGUUUGUAGACUAUUAUGAAGACCUACUUGGGCAGGAGGCUGACUAUAGAGAAAGAGUUGUUAAGAAAUUCCUAGCUAAUGGACCUAUCCUAUCAGCUGGCCAUCAAGUGCAGCUGUUAAAGCCUUUUGAAAAAAGAGAGGUUAAAAAAGUAAUAUUUCAGAUAGAGAGCAACAAGAGCCCUGGGCCAGAUGGCUAUGGCAGUGGAUUCUUUAAGACUUCUUGGUCAAUUAUAGGUGAAGAUAUAUCUAUUGCCAUAUUGGAAUACUUUCAGAAUGGCAAACUUCUGAAACAACUAAAUGCUACUUGCAUAGCUUUGAUCUCUAAAAUAUCAUAAUGAGAAGUAGCUAGUCAAU